CUGAAUACAGAGGCUGUGGGGAGGGCAAACACUUCCCCUACAGUCACCUCAACAGCAACAGCUACAACAGCCUCUCUAGAGAAACCUGAGAACUCACCAGCUUGUUCAAAAGGUCUAUAUGUGCCUAAGUUCCCAAGCGUCCUUACAUAGACAUGGCUGGCCUUCAAAAACGUACUUUGAGGAUCGUUCUAGUAGGGAAAACUGGAAGUGGGAAAAGUGCGACAGCAAACACCAUCCUUGGGGACGAAGUCUUUUCAUCUGGAGUAAGUGCCCAAUCCCUUACCAAGACCUGUCAAAAAGCAUCCCGGGAACGGAAGGGGACAGAACUCCUUGUUGUGGACACCCCGGGGCUCUUUGACACUAAGGAGAAACUGGAUAAAACCUGCAAAGAAAUCAGCAAGUGCGUCCUCUUCUCCUGCCCAGGGCCUCAUGCCAUUCUCCUGGUUAUGCCGCUGGGCCGCUACACACAAGAAGAUCAAAACACUGUUGCACUGAUCAAGGGUGUCUUUGGGGAGUCAGCGAUGAAGCACAUGAUCGUCUUGUUUACCCGCAGAGAAGAGCUGGAGGAUCAGACCCUGGAUGACUUUAUAGCGACGGCAGAUGUGAGCCUGAAGAGCGUCAUCCAGGAGUGCGGGGGCCGCUGCUACGCCAUUAGCAACAGAGCAGACAAGGCUGAGAAGGAGGGUCAGGUGCAGGAGCUGGUGGAUAUGAUAGAGAAGAUGUCACGGGAAAAUCCAUGUGGGUAUUUUAAUGAGAACAUAUACAAGGACAUAGAGAAAAGACUGAAUAAGCAGGCAGAUAUUUUGCAGAAAAAAUAUGAUGAGCAGUUAAAGAAUGAAAUUAAACUUAUAGAAAAUGAUUGUAGUCUUAAAACAAAGGAAGAAAUAUCUAAAAGAAUAGUAGAGGCAAGGAUUAGAUAUGAUGAAAAAAAGAAAGAUAGAAAUGAAGAAGAUGAGCAGAAUACAUUUGACUAUAUCUUCUGUUGGGUUAAGAAUGCCCUUUGGAAAAUAUGGCAUACAUUUUGGAAGUAAAUUUUAUUAUUUCUCUAUAAUUUACUGUGAUUCAUUAAAGAGAUGGAUUGUAUUUUCCAAAGAUUGCUGUUAUAAUAUCUCCCCUACACACAAAAUUUCAAAAGUACAUUGAAACAAUAAUUCUUCUGUAUUUCUCUUUACAAUAUUCUGAAUAUGAAUACAUUAUGAAAUAAUUAAAUCAAAAUAAUUACUAUAGACUUCAGAUAUGUAUCUUCUUUUUCUUUUUUGGUGCAUUGAGAAAAUUUAAGAAUUAGUUUCCUGGGGCCGGUGCUGUGGGCACUGGUUCUAGUCCCAGCUGCAACUCUUCAUAUAGCUCUCUGCUAUGACCUGGAAAGCAGUAGAAGAUGGCCCAAGUCCUAGGGCCCCUCCACCCUCGUCUGAGAAUGGGAAGAAUCUCCUGGCUCCUGGCUUCAGAUCAGCGCAGCUCUGGCCAUUGUAGCCAUUUAGGGAGUGAACCAAUGGAAGGAAAACCUUUCUCUCUGCUUCUCUCUCUCUCUGUGUCUGUAAAUCUACCUCUCAAAUCAAUAAAUAAAAUCUUCAAAAAAGAA